GUUGAGACUAUGCAGUAACGGCUAGUUGGAGGGUGGAGAGAGACAAAGGCUAAAAAUGUAAAUUCGAAACGGCAUUUUGGCGUCUCUGCUGAUGAAACAAGCAGAUGAGCUGCAGCCAUGGACGCUCAGCAUCCGAGCCAGGGCAAAACGCUUCCAUUUCAAUCUCAAGUAUUCAAAAACCUUCCCCAUUUGCAAACUCUUCCGCCUCUCGAUCCGCUUCAAGCUCCGCCCUUUCACAUUCAAGUUCGAAUCGAAACCUGGAUCCGCAUUUUCCUUGAAACGGGAAUGUCUUCGGAUAUUCAAGGGUUUUCGCCGCAAACGAUCUGGAAAGAAAUGGAUUGUCAAAACAUGGCUCUCUCGUCGUGAGAAUUAUUGGUUUGGGAGAAGAAAAUUUCGUGCUUGGUUUUGGGUUCUGCUUUUCGCGGCCGUGGGCUGCUUCGUGAUUAUGCAGCUGCGCUCUUAUUUCCGUUCAAGAUUUCUGUGGAAUUUUUUUUGGAUGAUUUGGAACUAUGCCAUUCCUGCCCCUUCUGCUUUAUUCCACCAAUUUUUCUAGGUAAUUUAAUCUACUAUUAUUUUUAUUAUUAUAGCUUGCAAUCUUUUCUCUUUUUUAUAUUGUAAAUUGAAAAAAAAUAAUCAAUAUUUUUCAGGUGAUUUUCGCUGGGUUUUCUGGAUAAUCCGGAUUAGUCGCUCUUAUCAUUAAACACUUUAUAUCACACACUAUUUUGUGAUUGGUAUCAUGUAGUUAUUUUAUUUUAUACUAUUAUUUAAUUUUGAAAUCUCGAGUGCGUGUUAAUGUGUUAUACUAUCAGCGAUUUUAAAAUAAUAUUUGAUGGAUGAUAAUUCAUGCAUUAAA